AUGGCCCCCGUGGCCAAGCACCUGGCUCCCAUGACCCUGGAGCUGGGGGGCAAGAACCCCUGCUACGUGGAUGAUGACUGCGACCAACAGACCGUGGCCAACCUUGUGGUCUGGUUCUGCUGCCUCAACACCGGCCAGACCUGUGUGGCCCCCGACUACGUCCUGUGGAGCCGUGAGAUGCAGGAGUGCCUGCUGCCUGCCAUGCAGAGCUCCAUCACCCGCUGCUACAGUGAGGACCCCAAAAGCUCCCCAGACCUGGGCUACAUCAUCGGGGAGAAGCAGUUCCAGUGGCUGUAGGGCCUGCUGGGCUGUGGGCGCGUGGCCAUCGGUGGCCAGAGCGAUGAGAGCCAGCGCUACAUUGCCCCCACAGUGCUGGUGGACAUGCAGGAGACGGACCCGGUGAUGCAGGGGGAGAUCUUCGGGCCCAUCCUGCCCAUCGUGAAUGUGCGGAGCCUGGCCAAGGCUGUGGACUUCAUCAUCCAGUGUGAGAAGCCCCUGGCGCUCUAUGCCUUCUCCAACAACAGCCAGGUGUGGUGAAUCAUGCUGGAGCUGACCAGCAGCUUCGGUGGCAAUGAGGGCUUUCUCCACCUGACUCUGCCAUCCCUGCCUCUGGGGAGAGUUGGCCACAGCGAGAUGGGCAGGUACCAUGGCAAGUUUACCUUUGACACCUUCUCCCACCACCGUGUCUGCCUGCUCUCAAACACAGGCCUGGAGAAGCUCAAUGAGGUCCACUACCUGCCCUAUUCUACCUGGAGCCAGCAGUUCAACACCUGGGUCCUGGGUUCCCAGAGCUGCACCCUUCUGUGACAGCCCACCCGCCUCCAGCACCCUGCCCCCAGCCCACCACUUUCCAGGAGCAUUUCAUCCUUGCCCAGUUGGUGUCUGAGUCUUUUGAGGGGCAGAAUCCAUGUCUGAAGACCAGAAAGGCUGAGCUGAUUUGCACAAUAGUGACGGGGGGGCGAUGGAGGAGAGGGGACAAGAGAACUGCUGAGGAGAGGAAAGGAGCUGGCUAGAAGGGCUGGAAUCACUUUCAAUGACCCUUGAUUGGUGUUCUUGUAUCUUGAUAUGUGAGUCUAUGCAGAGACCAGCCACAUGGAGCCCCUGGAUAUAAAAUAGUUGGGUUAAAUCGCCUUCCCGUGUCCUGGCUCCUUUCUGUGGCUGUAUUUUUGGUGCCAUCUCUUUCCCACUUUCCAGAGCCCCUGCUGAGCUCCUGACCAGGGAUGAGCAUGCUGCCUCUCUUACCUGUCUCUCUGUCUAUACCGGGCAGGGUUUUAUGAAAUCGCCAAACCUUCACGCAACACUGAACAAAAAGGCUCUCUCAGUGGGGCUGU